UUUUUAUUCCCUUCACCUCUCUUUCUGUCUUUUUGCUUUCUAUUAUUUCCGAACUGAUUAACUGACCACAAACACAAAAAAGUUAAAAAAAGAUGCUGAGGCUCGCAGCAAAGAGACUUACCGGUGGAACGGCGUCGUUAGAGGCGGCGUCUCCGGCUGCUGCUUCUUCAGUGGCACGGCGGUUUUACCACGAGAGGGUGGUGGACCAUUAUAACAACCCACGCAACGUCGGUUCCUUCGACAAGGACGACACCGGCAUCGGCACCGGCCUUGUAGGUGCACCAGCUUGUGGUGAUGUCAUGAAGCUUCAGAUCAAGGUUGAUGAGGAAACCGGCAAGAUCGUUGAUGCUCGCUUCAAAACCUUCGGUUGUGGAUCCGCCAUCGCUUCUUCCUCUCUCGCUACUGAAUGGGUUAAGGGAAAGCAAAUGGAAGAAGUCUUAUCCAUUAAAAACAGUGAAAUUGCAAAGCAUCUUUCACUUCCACCAGUCAAGCUUCACUGCAGCAUGCUUGCGGAGGAUGCCAUAAAAGCAGCUGUUAAAGAUUAUGAAUCAAGGCGUGCUUCCGCAAAUGGUAGCGGAAAGGCCUAACUUGAGAUAAAUCUGCUAGUUUCUCUGUUUCUUCACUGUCUAGACUCUAGAAUUAUGAAUGAUGAUGGAAUCCACCAUUAGUGUGGUUUCUUGAUGGUAUCAAAUCAAUGAGUUACUUGUACAAGAAGAUAGGAGAUAAUCUUGGUUAGAGCUAGCCACAGCUAGAUUGUAUUAUAUUUAUAAGAAAUAACGCCAAGGUAAAAAUACCUCUGUUGAUGGGUAUGUAUGUUAUCUGCAUGGUUUGUACGCAAUAGAAUAAAGUGCAUACUCUAAUAAAGACUAUAAUUGUGUGAA